AUGCAUUUUAUGUCGGCGUCUACACCCCUAUUGGCACUCCAAAAAGAUGCCUAUUUGUAUCGUUCCUACAUAGCUCUAGGCAACUACAGGCUUGUACUUCAAGAAUUGAAGACAGCAGAUCCCAUGCUCCAGCCUCUAAAAAUCCUUGUGGAUUACAUUUCACCAGGUGCCAACAAACCGGCGAUUGUUGCUGAUAUUGAUGCAAGAUCUCUUGAGCUACGUGCUUUCACAUUGCAAUGUCUUCUGGCUAUGAAUAGACCAGAUUUGGCCAAAAAGCAGUUGAAAUUGUUGCAAGAUAUUGAGGAUGAUGCUACUUUGACGCAGCUUGCUCAGGCUUGGCUCAACUUGUCACAGCAGAAAGGCUCGGGGCACUUGGGGCUGGACCGGCCGCUUUGGGCGCUGCUGCUGCCGCCUGUCGCGGUAAGUGUGAGGAGGGAGGGAGGCGUCAUAAUGUGUAAUAUAGGGGGAGCGGGGAGGGGGAUGGACCUGCCGCUUUGGGCGCUGCUGCUGCCGCCUGUCGCGGUAAGUGUGAGGAGGGAGGGAGGCGUCAUAAUGUGUAAUAUAGGGGGAGCGGGGAGGGGGAUGGACCUGCCGCUUUGGGCGCUGCUGCUGCCGCCUGUCGCGGUAAGUGUGAGGAGGGAGGGAGGCGUCAUAAUGUGUAAUAUAGGGGGAGCGGGGAGGGGGAUGGACCUGCCGCUUUGGGCGCUGCUGCUGCCGCCUGUCGCGGUAAGUGUGAGGAGGGAGGGAGGCGUCAUAAUGUGUAAUAUAGGGGGAGCGGGGAGGGGGAUGGACCUGCCGCUUUGGGCGCUGCUGCUGCCGCCUGUCGCGGUAAGUGUGAGGAGGGAGGGAGGCGUCAUAAUGUGUAAUAUAGGGGGAGCGGGGAGGGGGAUGGACCUGCCGCUUUGGGCGCUGCUGCUGCCGCCUGUCGCGGUGAGUGUGAGGAGGGAGGGAGGCGUCAUAAUGUGUAAUAUAGGGGGAGCGGGGAGGGGGAUGGACCUGCCGCUUUGGGCGCUGCUGCUGCCGCCUGUCGCGGAAGCAGAACAAAUGUUAUCUGAAGCGGCUGCGCGCGCGCCGCAACAACCCGACUUAUUGCUGGGGUUGGCAGUCACUGCCAGACAUAGCGGGAAACCAGAGGUUAGUAUUACUGAGAGCCAUCCUGAACACCAGUUCACCAAGGAGUACGGCGUGAAGAGUAGCGAGUUCAAACGGCUCGUCGCUCAGUACCAACCGUCGGUGGCAAGUUGA